AUGGACACCUUGGUCGCCCAGCUUUCCGGAACACAACAGCGGGAGAAGGCCGAGAGCGGAUACGGCAACCUCGACGCGCGAGGAGGCGUUGCUGGCAUGGAGGUGCCGGGCGUGCCGGACCCCCUUGCCUUCCUCUCACUACACACCGACAGCAUGUCGACCAACCCGGCGGCUAAGAUCAAGCUUGCCCACGGUACGACGACGCUGGCUUUCCGAUUCAAGGGUGGCAUCAUCGUCGCCGUCGACUCGCGUGCUACCGCUGGAUCCUACAUUGCUUCGGGAACGGUGAAGAAGGUCAUUGAGAUUAAUCCGUACCUGCUCGGAACGAUGGCCGGAGGUGCUGCUGACUGUCAAUACUGGGAGACGUACCUCGGUAUGCAGUGCAGGCUGCACGAGCUUCGCAACAAGGAGCGCAUCUCGGUGGCUGCUGCUAGCAAGAUCCUGUCCAACAUUGUUUACCAGUACAAGGGAAUGGGUCUCAGCAUGGGACCUGCUCUCUUCUACGUCGACUCGGACGGACAGCGUCUCAAGGGAGAUCUCUUCUCCGUGGGCUCGGGAAGUACCUACGCCUACGGUGUUCUUGACCAGUGGAAUCUCUCGGAUGAGGACGCUCAGGAGCUGGGCCGCCGCUCGAUUUGCGCCGCCGGUCACCGCGACGCCUACUCCGGUAACACGAUCAACCUGUACCACGUUCGCGAGAACGGAUGGGAGUUCAUCGACAACUACGACCUCAGCGAGCUGUGGUACAAGUACGACGAGGAGAAGAAGAACAAUGCCAAGGCGAAGAAGGCGCAGGGAUCCCAGGGCGAACCUAUUGCCGUUGAGUAG